AGAUGACAUUUCAAAGUGUUUAAAACAUACAUACAAGAAACAUGGCGCUUCAUAGUACAGGCGAUUGGUAUUCUCCUGCACCGUUUUGGCAAAAUGGACCAGCACCCGGUGAAUUUUACAAUUUUCCUGGAAAUUCUACACGAUCCGACGUUGGAGGAUUUCAAAGAUCUCAGGCUCCAAUAACAACUGGUACAUCUGUAAUUGGAAUUCAAUUCAAAGAUGGUAUUCUUAUAGCAGCAGAUGUUCUUGGAUCGUAUGGAUCAUUAGCUAGGUUCAGAAACCUUGAACGAGUAAUGAAAGUCAAUAAAAACAUCAUUCUUGGUGCAGGAGGAGAUUACGCUGAUUACCAAUUCCUCAAAAGUAAAAUUGAAAAAAAGAUCCUCGAGGAAACUUGUCUGGAUGAUGGUUUAUCUUUAAAACCAAAGGCUCUUUAUUGCUGGUUAACACGAUUGAUGUAUAACAAAAGAACAGAGUAUGAUCCACUUUGGAAUAAUUUCAUUAUUGGUGGCAUAGAAGGUGAUAAACUGUUUUUGGGUACUGUGGAUAAACUUGGCACAGCUUAUAGCGAUCCAGUAAUUGCAACUGGAUAUGGUGCAUAUAUGGCAACACCUAUUCUCAGAAAAGCUUACGAAGAAAAUAAAGAAAUGACUAAAGAGCAAGCAAUAGAGCUCAUAUACAAAGUAAUGCAGGUUCUAUUUUACAGAGAUGCGCGCUCUUUUCCAAAAUAUCAACUUGGUAUAAUUACAAAAGAGGGAGGCACUGAAAUACAAGGACCACUAACGCUAGACAGCUAUUGGGGACCUGCUAUCAUGUAAAGAUAAAUAUGAAUAAACUUUUUGUUAAUAAAAAUAUUUACGAUAUAAGUCUAAAAGAAGUACCAUUGUUUAACCUCUCAUAAAUAUAAUUUAUUAUGGACAACA